AUGUCAACUCGCAUCAAUACGUCCAGGCGGAGGGGUGGAGGAUGGUGCUCAGACUGUGGGAAAGCAUGCAUGGAGCCUAAUCGGGAGUGCAACAAUUACGGCGAGGAUCAUGUCAUGUCGGUUUGCAACAUGCCGUGUGGUCACUGCGGGGGGUGGUCACCAGGUGAGUAUGAUGUAUACUGGCACAUGGUUGCAAGAGGCGAGCUUCCCGACAGGGAUUCCAUUCACGAGCCGGGGGAGAGCCACUUUGCGCCCGACUGUCCUAAGGCUAAGAAUAACAGGUGUAAGUGUAUGCCGUUUCCGGUUUAUCACACGGCCAAGAGGUGUAUGGUGAAAUGUCGUCCGGGGUGUGGACAUCCCGACCCGGGGAGACAUAAGGGGAAUGCGAUGAUGUGUACUUAUCGGUGUUGUAUGUGCGGGAUUAGGAACUCGCAUGCGGGGAAGGAUUGUAGGUUGAAACGGUGUGGGUGGGGGGGGGGGCAUUUGGGGCAGGAUCAUGGGUGGAAUCCAACUUGUCGGAAGGAGGGUGUGAUAGGUUUUUGUGUGGGGUUCAUUGUCAGGGGUGUUUUGGGACGGAGAGGCCGUUUGAUGAGAAAACGAGGAGGUGUUGGAGGUGUAGAGGGUUGGAGGAGAGGUUGGAGGAGAGGCCGGAGGUGUGGGGGAGGAGGAGGUGGGAGUGGAAGGGUGGAGGUGGCGAGGAGGUUUUAUGCAGGUGGUUUAAGUGAUGGAUCGAAGGUGGAGGGGGAGGUAAAAGAGAAGGAUGGACCACGAGUAUGGCUAACCAAGGCGCGGUAUGAGGCGGCGGAGGUGGGCAAAGCAGGCUCACGGGACGGGUAUCAGAGCAUAUUUGGGAGUGGAAGUAGUCGGGAUGAUGCAUGUCCGUGUAGGGGGCCUGUUAAACCGGAGAGCUGCUCGGUCUAA